AUGCUUGUCUUUGAGCCCACCCUGCGGAGAGUGUCUACCUCCUUGGCCAAGGAAGCUUAUAUGAUGAAUGUCAGUGAUCCUUGCUCAGGCAAGGUGCCCAGCGUCCCCAGCGCCCCGGCGCAGUCCCGCUUCGUCCGCGUGGCGGGCGGCUGGCGUCCCCGGGUGCAUAGCGAGGAGCCUCUAUCACCGGUGUCCCCAACGUCCAGCAAGCAUUCUGAAGGUGACCGAUCGCCCUGUUGGAGCGUGCCCGUGCGGUCCCUGAAGAGUCUCCCGGAGGACGCCGUGAGCCACGUGCGCACCACGCCUGCGCGCGCGGAGCUCUCGCGGCCGGAUGGUGAGGCAAGAGAGAAGCGGCCGUACAGGAGAGAUCCGCACUUAGCCAAAGAGCUACACUUGUGGCCAAAGAAGUUUUUGAAGGAGCAAGAAAAGAAGGCGGAGGCUGCCGCGGCCACUUUCUGUCCGCUCGAACAGAAAGCGGAGGACUUGAAACAUUUGCCACGCGAGAACACCGCGGACAGCGGUAGCAGGCGGAGUAGUCCUGCACCUCCGCAGCCGUCUGCUCCUUUCGCAGCACGCAGGGGGAGCCUUCGUCGAGUCUCCGUGGGCGAUCUUUCUGAGAAGCUUCGGAGGGCCUCAAUGAACUCAAUUGCCAUGUCUGAGAAGUCUGAGAGUGACACCGGAGGCGGCGACCGCUGCGCCGCGGCGCGGCAGGCGGCGGAGGCGGCCGUGGCGGAGGCGGAGCAGCAGCGGCUGCCGGCCGCGAUCUGUCGACAGCGCAGGGUGGAGGCCUACGCCGAGGCCUUGCUGCGGGAACCCGAAAUCCAACAGCUUCAAGCCGAACGAGUCAGAGGAGGUGUUGGUAUGGAAGACCUUGAUGAGGUGGAUUCGGAGUUGGAAAAGCUGAUCAAGGAAGACUUGGCUGAGCUGGCAGAGCUCUUUGCGGAAUUCGAUGGGACUCUGGAAGGCGUCCUCCAGCAGCACGACGUCCGUUCCCUGCUGCGGCUGCUGGGCCGUGCCCUGACGGAGGACGACGUGCGCACCUUGAUGCGCGGCCUGGAUCCCCUGGGCGACGAGAACGAGAUGUUUGGAGACAUUGGCUUCAAAGAGUUUGUAGAGCUUUGCGACAUGAGGUCUGGAGCUUCCUUUGGAAGUGCCACGGUUCUUCUCGCAAUCGACGCGCUGUGGAGGCUGCAUUCCGAGAAGCUCUACCUGCGAGCUUUCUUCCGGGGGACCCCCACCCCUUUGGGCCACGGCACCCCGGCGCCCAGUGCCUGCCGUGCCAUGGCGGCCGUGCGCGUGACCCUGCAGGGCCUCAACGGCGAGGUGAUGCUGGGCCCGGUGGAGGUUGAGGCAACGACGCGGGUGAAGGAGUUGAAAGAGCAGCUGGAAGCGAAGGUGCUGGAAGAAAGUGGUGAGACCAAGGCUUUUCAACUGCUGUUGAAGGAGACCAGCCCGAAGCUCGAUGCGAUGCUGGGAGAGCUGAGAGAACUGGACCCUUCCAACACUCACGCGCUGGACUUCACGGUGGUGGCGCAGGACGGCUCGGUGUCAGCGGAGCUGAGGAAGCGCUGCGAAGAAGCGCGGCGUAAGAAGGAGGAGAUGGCAAGAAGGAACAGUGGCUGGUUGGAGGAGAGGAAGACUGCCAGUGUCGAAAGGAAACAACAGAAGAGAGAAGAAGAUCUUCAAGACUAUCAUUGCGCCCUGGAGGACCUGAUCUCACAGCUAGCUGGUGAUGCUUUGCACGUCUGCCGACAUCAAGCAGCCAAAGGACUAUCGGAGGCAACGUUUGACUUUCAACACGCAUUCCAACAACAUGAGCUGGGAGCAAUGAUUUUCUUCAAGCGCAAAGCGGAAUACCUUCGUGAAUCCUCCAUUUGGAGGGGCUGGUACUUCAGCGUCCAUGAUGGUUUGGAUCCCAAUGAGGGAAUCCAAAUGGGCGGAGAUUACUUCUAUCGCUUCAUCAUCACCUGUCGCGACCUUCUGGUUCCACACCUGACCCAGCUCGGCCUUCAAGUGACCAACAACAAUCAACUAAUUCACGCCAUCGAAAUCCGUUUCCGCGGUGCCAGCAGCAACUGCAUCCAGCCGCACCUGCGCGAUGUGGCAGAAGCUUUGCAAGGCGUCAAGGUGAAUGUUCGGCCAGAACAAGUGGAACGCAUCGCGCUGGAUUUAGGACACGCUGUUUGGGCGGAAUUCGUGACGCUGGUCCAUGAAACGGAGCUUUUCGUGCUGACCCAACGCUGUCGAAUGAUGGAGAAGCAGCGUGCCUGGGAACGAGCCGGGUUCACCUUGGAGCAGGUCUCCAAAGUACAGGAACUCUUUGACCACUUUGUCAGCAAAACCGGUCGAGGGCUUCGGGCGGAAGAGUUGCUGUACAUCGUCCACCAACUGGGCAUGACGUCACGUAGCCGAUCCGAUGAGGCUGACAUGGAAGCCACUGCCUACAACGGCAGAGAUCGCUCUGAGACCAUGUCCCUGGAAGAGUGCUUGCACGCCGCUAGGAGGUUUCUAGACAAGAAGGAAAUGGACGCGCGCUCCAAGGAACUACGAGCUGCAGCCAUCGCAGGCAUCCCACACGAUGAGCUGGAUUACUUCCGAACCUUUUACAAGCAGUUGAUCGCAGAGGAUACACAAGGCAACAAGAAAGACUUUAGUUACUUCGCGCUGUGCCGCGGAGUUCAAGUCAUGGGUGCCACCCUGACAGUGGAGAGGAACGCGGAGCUGGAACAGAUGUUCAAGGAGCACGCUGUAUCUUCGGGUUCAUCACAGUUGCUUCAUUUGCCCUUCCCAAAGUUUAUCGUGAUGAUUGGGUCGCUCUUCAAGGCGGACUUCGCCAACUUGAGGACGCAGUCAGCUCGCAAAGAUGAGGAGCUGCCGCGUGCCGUGCCCAGUAAGGUGAAAGCCAUCAGUACCACCAGCGCCUUGGAAGCGAAGGUGGCCGUUGUGGGUGCAUUGGACAUGUUUGGGCAAGUUCAUGAGGCGUUCGCGCUUCGCACGAUGAAUCCAGUGUUAGAAUCGUCUCGUGGCCAGUUCGUUUCGGCAAAAUAUGGCAAGGACAUCCAGCUACUGUUGCUGCCAGACUACCUGACAGAUGGAGAUGCCAGCAUUGCAACAGGAUAUUCGGCGUCGACCGUGACGGCGUGCGGUCCAAAAAAGGGGCCGGAGGGAAUGGAGUCCGGAAGUGUGUCGGCCUAUCGGAUGCCUUUGCGGCGUCCCAAUGGACCCCCAGGAAGUAGCCAUGGCUCCAGACCCCUGGGUUUGGCGGGGCACCAAGGAGAUAUUCUCUCCAUGUGCCCAUCCUACACAGAAUCGCACUCCACUGGUGGUGGUGGCGGGCCUUUGCUUCUUACGGCAGGCGACGACCGCACCGCCCGUCUUUGGGCCUUGGCUGGGCCGCACGCGGGGUCCGAGUUGAUUCGCUUCGAUCGCUUGAAGGGCAGCCGCCAGGCAUCAGGGGAGGAGAACCCCCUCUUUGAGCAGGUGCAGGACGCCCAAUUUCUAUGCCUCGAUGGUGCAGUGGCGCUGGCAACCACCACGCGCUUGGCGGUGUAUCGCUUUCAACUGCACCUGCAGGAUACCUCGGAUGACAUCAAGCGCCUACAGAGGCGCCCCUGGGCCAUAGCCAGGUUGGGCUCCUACAAAUGCUGCGGACUCUUGGCCCUGCCCAAAGAACCCACGGGCGACACCGCGAUGGGAUGGGGACUGCAGGCCCACGGUAUGGAUUUGCAUGGCAUUUGCGAGUACUGUGGGGAGCUCAAGCCCUUGGAAGAGGUGGGACGCUGCGAGACCCCGGAAGUGGAGGAACCCACCCACUGCUAUUCCUGUGGUGGUGGGCCGCUGGAGUUCAGCACCAGCCAAGCAAGGAAGGGAAGCCAUGCGCGCUGCCCGGAGUGCGUGGCGGCCAAUCGAAAGCAGCGAUUUGCGCCUUUUCAGCAGCGCGCCAGCCAUGGCGAUCAGGACCUGGACGCCGAGCUGCUGCAGAGCGUUGAGGCGCUGGACGAGGCGCGGGUGCUAGAAGCGCUGGAGGCGGGUGCUGAUGCGGACUGCUCCCGGCCGCUGCUCCUGCGCGACGCCAAUGCCGGCCCCUGUCGCUUCCGCGCCGCCUACCGCGGCGACGGCCGCGCGGUGCCGGAGGAGGCACCGAACCAGCCGACGAGUCCGUUGAAGAUGGCGGUCUUCCGUCUAUCAGAUUGUAUGCUGGAUAAGACGACACGAAUGAGGCUGGUUUCCAUCGCCCAAGCGUUGAUCGAACAUGGCGCACCUGUGGCGCCCGCACGGCAUCUCUUUGAAUUGCGCUAUGGGCCCUGUGAGCGUGAAGGCGAUGACGCUGACGCUGAUGAAGCUCCCAAUGCCUUCCAUCAUUUGUACAACCUCCUGCGCGAGUAG